AUGGCGGAGCUGUGCCCGCUGGCCGAGGAGCUGUCGUGCUCCAUCUGCCUGGAGCCCUUCAAGGGCCCGGUCACCACGCCGUGCGGCCACAACUUCUGCGGCGCGUGCCUGGACGAGACGUGGGCCGUCCAGGGCGCGCCGUACCUGUGCCCGCACUGCCGCACCGGUUUCCCCGCGCGGCCGCAGCUGCGCAAGAACACGGUGCUGUGCGCGGUGGUGGAGCAGUUCCUGCAGGCGGAGCAGGCCCGGCCCGCGCUCGCCGACGACGGCUGGACGCCACCCACGCGCGCCGCCGCCCCCAGCGCGGCCGGCCAGGUGGCCUGCGACCACUGCCUGCAGGCCACCGCCGUCAAGACGUGCCUGGUGUGCAUGGCCUCCUUCUGCCAGGAGCACCUGCGGCCGCACCUGGACAGCCCCGCCUUCCAGGACCACCCGCUGCAGCCGCCCGUCCGCGACCUGAUGCGCCGCAAGUGCGCCCGGCACAACCGCAUGCGGGACUACUUCUGCCCCGAGCACAGCGAGUGUAUCUGCCACGUCUGCGUGGUGGACCACAAGACCUGCUCUCCUGCGCCCCUCAACGAGGCCAGCACCGACCUGGAGAACAAGUUGAGGCAAAAACUGACUGUCAUGUACGGCCAGAUCAAUGGGGCGUCAAGAGCGCUGGAGGACGUGAGAGCUAGGCAGCAGGAGGUGCAGGAGGCUGCACACAGGAAGGUGGACCAGCUGAGACAAGAAUACCUGGAAAUAAAGGCUCUCAUUGAUGCCUCAGAGGCCAGCUCCACAAGGAAGAUAAAGGAAGAGGAGAAGAGGGUCACCAGCAAGUUCGACAACAUUUACCAGAUCAUCCUCAAGAAGAAGAGUGAGAUCCAGACCCUGAAGGAGGAGGUUGAACUGGCCCUGACUAAGGGGGACGAGUUUGAGUUUCUGGAGAAAGCGACAAAACUGCAGGGAAUCACCACGAAGCCAGUCUUCGUCCCCAAGGUGGAGCUGAACCACGAGCUGAUUAAGGAGGUCUGUCAGGGCACCUCCGACCUGAAGAAUGAGCUGAAGCGGUGCCUCAGACAGCCCCAGGACAAGAAGCCCGAGGAGCUCACCGUCCCAGGGGACGCUGGAGGACACUGUGGACCACAUACCCCGAAGACCCACCGGCCUGUGAAGAAGCCCCUGAAAGAAGAGAAGAAGCCCAGGAAACCUGCCUCUGCCGCCCUCAACAAGCCUGUCACCUUUGGAUCCUCGGAACACUUAGUGAAUCUCAAACAAACUGUCCAGGAGGGUGCAGCCAAAGCCCCUCCUGUGCCGCCGACCUCAGCAUCUCUCACCACCAAGGUGCUGGAGAACUUCCUAACCAAGUCCAGGCCGGAGCUCCUGGAGUAUGUUGUUAAAGUUGUCCUGGACUACAACACCGCUCACAACAAGGUGGCCCUGUCCGAGAACUACACCGUUGCGUCCGUGGCUGACACGUCCCUGAACUACCGGCCACAUCCCCAGAGGUUCACAUACUGCUCGCAAGUGUUGGGGCUGCACUGCUACAAGAAAGGGAUCCACUACUGGGAGGUGGAGCUGCAGAAGAACAACUUCUGCGGGGUGGGUAUCUGCUACGGCAGCAUGGAGCGGCAGGGCCCCGAGAGCCGGCUUGGCCGCAACAGCGCGUCCUGGUGUGUGGAGUGGUUCAACACCAAGAUCUCCGCCUGGCACAACAACGUGGAGAAAACCCUGCCCUCCACCAAGGCCACGCGGGUGGGGGUGCUUCUCAACUGCGAUCACGGCUUUGUCCUCUUCUUCGCCGCGGCUGACAAGGUCCACUUGUUGUAUAAGUACAAGGUGGACUUCACCGAGGCUGUGUACCCAGCCUUCUGGCUGUUCUCCACGGGAGCCACGCUCUCCAUCUGCUCCUCCAAGUAG